GCUUCAUAAAACUCCUGACAUUCAGAUAUUUGUUCAGUGCAGUAGUCUGCGUCAUUUAGGCGUCCGGGUCAUAGAAACAUGCACACAAAAGCCUUUGUUAAAUCUGUAUUAACUAAAACAAAAGAUAGAAGUCGAUGUAUCCGUGCGAGUGCGUGUGCGCCUGCCUGCGCGCGCACGUUUCUCCUCAUCUGAACGAGUUGGGAUUUGAAAGUUGGAGCUGCCGGGGAGUCCGGUGUGUUUUGACGCCGAAGAAUUCGCGUGCGGGUUUUGUUUAUGUUACAAACGGGCGGAAAGUGAAUGAAGAGGCUUGUGACCUGCUGUCUGUCAGAUCUCCUGCUGCGACUCAUCCACCUCCUGAACACUCGUAAUAUAUCCUUGCUGUGAUGGAUGCCGAGGUGGUUCUGCAGGAGGAGGACAUGGAGGGCUCGUGGACGCUGCUCUCCUGGCUGGCAUCAUUCGUAAUGGUGUUUGGGGGAGCCCUGCCUUAUGUGCCGCAGUAUCAGGAGAUCCAGAAAAGCAGCAACACCGAGGGAUUCUCCACCAGAGUCUGUCUGGUGCUGCUCAUAGCUAACAUUUUGCGUAUAUUUUUCUGGAUAGGGAAGCAGUUUGAGCUGACCCUGCUGCUUCAGAGUGUGGUCAUGAUUCUCACCAUGUUUGCCAUGCUCCACCUUUGUUGCACUGUGCAAAACGCCAACAGAGUAAGCACCAAGCAGCAUCGCCUUUCAGACCUGAACUUGCAUUACUUCUGGAAGUGGAGCGCCUUUGAGGACUACCUCCUCUUCUGCUUCGGCUUCACCGUUGUGUGUGCAGUCAUCACCCUGCUGCUGCUGGACUCUGUGAUGUUUGUGGAGACUUUGGGUUCGCUGGCAGUGAUGUUUGAGGCCAUGCUGGGCGUCCCGCAGCUGCUGCAGAACUUCCAUAAUCUCUCCACAAAAGGCAUGAGUGUGAAAAUGGUGCUGUUGUGGACAGCUGGUGACGUCUUCAAGACCACCUAUUUUGUGAUGAAUGAAAGCCCGGCGCAGUUCUGGGUGUGCGGUUCAGUCCAGAUCCUGAUUGAUGUCGCCAUCCUCCUCCAGGUCCUGUUUUACAGUCAAGACACAAGAGCCAAGCUGGGCUGAGCACGGCUGUUACAGUGACUAACACAAAAGCCCGAGUGUUUGAGUAAGUUUCGAGGACUCUGAUGACUUCACGCCCUUUACAACAUGCUGCAGUGUUGAUAACGUUUUUCAGUGCCAGAGUAAGGACAAAUCAAAGUCAAAUAGUGUGUUUGUUUUGUUUUUCUUUGGUGUGUUUGUUCACUUCUUUUACUGUUCAUACUAUCCUAGUGUCAAAGAGACCCAACCGAGUGACCUGUAAACGCCAUGAAGCCAAAAUUCAUGCAUUAGCAUCUUUAAUCAUGCCCUAGCACCUAAAUGCAUUUGCCUGUACAUUUGUCCUUAUUUUGCUACGUGUCUCCUGAAGUGUAGUGGGCAUGGAAAUUGUAAGGAGGAUGCAUUACUCAUAUUGGCAGCUCACUAACGACAAUAUGUGCUUCUGUAACAACCAGUAACAACCAGUCCUGCACUGGUAGGCCUCCACUGGACCCUGCUGCCUGACUGAUGGCUCUCCUACUUCACACUCCUCACUUCACUGGACUGUUUCUCAUGAUACAUAAUAUGUGAGCUUGUCUGUGCCUUUGCAUGUGUGCGAGGUUGUCGUUCUCUCUGGUGUGUUAGUGCAGCUAAAAUUGAUUUCCGCCGUUGGCAUCGAGAGCCGAGCCAAAGCUUCAGCAUGUACAUCGAGUAAUCUACACAGGCCAUCAAUCUGUGUGUUAUGUAUGGUGGUUUGAUUGACGUGCAGUACAUGUCUCCACACAGUAUACAUAGAAAUAUGAAAAAUGUGGGCAGUGAUGGUAUGCACUUUUCCUCAGCUGCAAAAUGUGUUACGGGCAUCGGAAACACAGCAGGCUUCAGGGCAACUAAACUUCUCGAGGGGACAGUGUUACUGAAUCUUUGUGCUAUUGCAAUUUCUGCCAGUGUAUUUAGGUUAAGCUGUUUUUUGCUCAUUUUUUCCUCAUUCAAAAGGAGGAAAGAUUAUUAUAUAUAUUUAUUUACCUUGGUUAUUGACUAGAUGGUGUCCACACCCAGUAAAUAAUAAGUGUGCUGCUAACAGAUAUUUAAAAAAGGUCAAUUCUUCGUGUUCAGUUUUCUUAAACUUCGUCAUUAAGUCAAUUCAAUUCAAUUCAAUUCAAUUUUAUUUAUAUAGCGCCAAAUCACAACAAAAGUCGCCUCAAGGCGCUUUAUAUAUAAAUAAUAAUAAUAAGUCAAAUCCCUUCAUUAUCAAGCCCAUCGUUAAAAUCAAAGGUGAUUUUAUUUUCAGCAACAGGAAAUAACUUUUCUUUUAACAAUCAUUUCCUUUUCUGAUUGGCUCAUUAAUGCACUCGCUGUGAUUUUAAUAGGUCACUCAGUCUAACUGGUGCAGGUGGCUGAUUCUUCGCUUUAGUCCAAGAGGUGAAGUGGUUCCAGAUCAAUUAUGUGUCUUUCAAAUUUUGUUUUCUCAUUUUAAAACAUAAUCAGGCUUAUAUGCACUGAUUUACCUGUAAAAAACUUAAAAAUAGCUCAUUAAAAUCAUGUCUAAGAUACUAACUGAGGGUCUAAAGCUUAAACUAAAAGAACCGAAAAUGCUUCCAGCUCAUCAUUUCCACAGUCUGAAUGACAUUUAAGCGAAACCAUAGAAAUCAAAAUCAAAAUCAAAGACUCCUUUCAGACAGAACUUAAUAUUUCAACAUAACAUAACAUAAUAACAUUUUAUCUAGGGUCAGUUUUUAAAAUAUUAGAAAAGCAAAUUCUAGCAAUAUUUA